CUCGCCCGCUAUCGUCAGCAGCGAUAAACGGUAAUGCCCGCCUAUAAAAGGACCGUCAGCGCCCUGGGCUUCCAUUGUCUAACUGACAACGAACACUUACACAAGUGUGACUCAGCUUUACACUAACAAGAUCAAAUAAAGACAGAAGCCAUGGCAUCCCGUGCUUCCCUCAGCGCAACGCGUUUCCUCACCUCCCUACGCACCACAGGGACACUCAAACCAACAACAAACACAUCCGUUCAGAAGCGCACCUUCAGGAGUUUCCCUGGCCUCCUUGGGGCUACCGACAUGCAGCCGGUGGCAGAACUGAUAAACCCAGAGGAAACCAGCAAAAACACAUAUUUCGCGGACUUCGAAGAGUCUCUUGAGAGGUGGCAAAACGAGGCGCGGAUGCUGAGGGAUAUCCGACUCGUUCCUGAAGACAUGGAACUCUCCAAAAGGAUAGAGGAAGCUUCUCGAGAGCAACUGAAAGAGCUCCUGGAGGCAGCUGAGGACGACGUUCUAGACGUAAGGCAGGGAUGGAUUCUAUCCGCCAACUAUUAGGUUCUGGAACAUGCUGUGAUUUCAAAGAACAUUCAUCUGUGAUAGUAACUUUCGUUAACCCGGUGCGGUGUGACGUAUGUCUUUGCUGUAAGACUAUAGGCCUAAAACGGUUGUAGUACGAUGUACUAUGUGCUUGAUCUAGCUGUAAGGCUGAUUAAUGGCACUUGA